UGUCACUCCAUUUUACAAAACGUCAAAAAUUUCAGCUUUAAUUUUUUGAUGUUCCUAAAAUCCUAGAAACUCUUUAAAUUAUCUAAAAAACUGUUCCCAUUGUGCUAAAUAACAUUCUUAACAUUAGUGUGCGCCCUAUCCAAUAAAUACUGUAAUAAUGCUAAAGAAAAAUUAGUGUAUAGCGGGGUGCUAUGGUCAUAAACAAAUCCGUGUAAUGGCGUCCGAUUCCGAAGCUACUUGCGAAGAGGAUCCCAAUUUCGCCGCUAUUUGUGCGUUUUUCGAGAAAUUCGGUCAAUUAAUCGGUAUAACGGACGUUGACUUUUGUGAGUUACAGUCUAUGCUGGAGAACACCCACGAAGUGCCCAAGUUUUUGUCCGAAUUGCACAUAAAACUGCUCAGAAAGGUAAAGAAAAAGGUUAUUCCGGAAAAAUGGGAAAAAUCUCUGAUCAAAUUUUGCCACACAUUCUCGAACAUAGACGCAUGGGAACUGGAGAGGUUUGGCUAUAAGAAAGCCAAACUUAGUUCUAAAGUUAGGGUUUUGAAGGAGCUUCUUGAUGCCCAGUUUGAUCAAAACACAAAAUUCAAAUUGGAAAUCAAUAAGAUAACGUCCACAGAUUUAAGGUCUCAACCGUUGGGUAGAGAUAAAUUUGGACACGCUUACUGGUUCCAAAGUGACGAUAACUAUCAAAUUAGAGUAUACAAGGAAGAUGCAGAUCUGGACGAUGAAAAAUGGACUCUGGUUGCUAAAGACAAAACUGGAUUGGUAUCAUUGAUAUCCCACUUGAAGGAUGGCGAUAUCAAAGUUAGCUCUGACUCUGCUGGAAAUGAAGACAGCAAUAGUUUGUCGGAAAAGCCUAUUAUUGACACUGGUCAACAAGAUACUGAUUCGAAAAGGACAUCUGACGAUGAAGAUUCGAAUUUGAUGGAAACUAAUGUGGAACAAGAAAAAGAGAGCCUUGAUAAAGUAAAAGAAACUGAGGAGAAAGAAUGCAAAAGUGAAGAUAUAUCACAAGAAACUGAAGAGAAAGAAUAUUAUAGUGACAAUAAGGUACAAGAAAAUGAGGAAAAAGAAUGUGAAAGUGAAAAUAUGUUACAAGAAACUGAGGCAAAAGAAUGUGAAAAUGAAAAUAAGGUGCAAGAAACUAAGGAUAAAGAAUGUGAGAAUGAAGAAGAAGAACCAGAUAGUGAGGAUAAUGAUGACAGAUUAGUUAUAGAAGAAGAUGAGGAUGUAGAAGAAAAAGAAGCAGAUUCUACUCAAAAAGCACAAGAAGAUGGAAAAACAGAACUUACUGAAACAAAACAAGAAAGUUUGAAAUCCCCCGUAAAUGAAGAGAAAGGUGUGCCUGAAUCUGAUGAGGAAGAAAAUACUGAAAAUGAAGAAGAAUCCAGUGAAGAAUUAAAAACUAAUCUAAAAAGACCUAGAGAAAAUGAUACCGAAGACUCCGAGACAUCAGCUCCAAAACCCAAAAUCCCAAAUUUGGCUUUGGAAAACACUAAAGAACCAGUAGUAGGUGAAGCCAUUGAAGAACCAGUAAUGACAGUAGAGGGCGAGGGUUCUGGUUCAGACAAUCAGUGUCCCAUAAUAGGGGAGGCAAUAGAAGAAGAAAUAUUUUUUGUUCAUGGCAAUGGUUCUGGAGUAGAUUGUCAAACUGGAAACAAUUCCGAUACUGAAUCUACUAAUGUUGAAACCACAAAAGAUAAUUCAGGAAUUUUGAAAGAACAAUCGCUUAAAGAUAAUACGGAAAUUUCAAAUUCUACUGAAGAAAGUGUGGAAACAGUAGAAAAAGAGAAUGGAAAUGAUGAAUGUGAAAGUGAAAUUUCUCUGACAAUAUCUGACAAUAAAUUAUUACCAAAGGCUAGUGAAAAUAAUAUAAGUAACUCUAAUAAUUCGUCCAAUAGCGAGGAAAAUUUAGGAGAGCCACAACCAAAGGGAACAAUAGAGCUUGAAGAGGGAAAGACUGAAUUAGAUGUAAAUAAUUUAUCUGAUAAAACUGAAGCUCCAGAACCAGUUUGCAUUAAAAGAACUGCUUAUAUUUGCGGAGAGGAAAAUAAAGAUUUGCCUAUUGAAAAUAAUGCCUCAAAAGCAGAAAAUGGAAAAGAAGCUAUCAUUGAAAGUGACGAAGAUACAAAAAAUAAUGAAACUGUGAAAGAUGCCAACACCAACGAAAAUGAUAUUGAAGAGCAAAUAGCCAAAGAAGAGGACCAGCUAGUCCGGCCUAUAAAAAAAGCUGCAAAAGGUGCUCAAAGGAAACAUGUGGCCAAGGCAGAAUCUGAAGAUAAGGCGGGUGAAGAAAAUCAGGCAGGAAAUAGUGCCGAAUCAUCAAUCCCAAAUUCACCCCAAUCAGCAAACGACAACAGUAUUCAAAAACCUGGUAAAGUUGCUGCUGAAACCAUUUCGGAAAAUAAGGAUGCUGAAGCUAAAACUUCAGAAGUUAAACCAACACUGACUUCAUUUUCGUUGGAUUUCAACGAAUCUCCAACACCUACUACACCCAUUGAAAAACCAUCUCCCUUAAGAGCACUUAGAAAACGAGGUAUAAAUGUGGUUCCUACAAAACCCCAAGAACCUGAAGAAGGCAAACGCCUAAAAUUAAAAGGACGUCGUUCAGUUGAUGCAGCUCUAAGACGAAGCGUUGAGCAAAGAAUUGAACAGCUUCAUGGCAGUAGCAGCGAUAGUAAAGACAGCGAGGAAGAGCAGCAAGCGAAAACAAAAAAAGCGGGUCGCUUUGUCAAGAAAAAGUCGCCCAAAAAGGAGGACAACGAAGAGGAAAAUCAAGAUUCUAAAUCCAAGGAGUCGAAUGCAAAGAAAAUUUCACCAAAACCGAAUCCCGAAAAGAAAUACAGCCGUAUGUUGGUGGGCCUAAAAAUUGAUGAAGAUGACUCAAAUGAUAGGCCUUUGAGACAGUCCCGUAGGAUAGCACAGUUGAAAAUCAAAGAGCAAGCCAAACCACGUUCACAAAUUGCUCAAGAAGCCAGAGAAAGGCAAAGACUGGAUGAUGAAAAAAGGAAAAACGAACCGGAAUCAGAGGAGGAAGAUGAAGAAGAAUAUUCUGGAACAGAAGCCAAAAAGUCUGAAAAGAAAAAGAAGAAGAAAAAAGAAAAACCAGUCAUGUUCAAUGAGAAGCGUCCUUGGCAGUCUAGCAGUGAAGAUAGCGAGGAUGCAGCUGAAGAGGAAGAAGAAGAAAUGAUCGAUGAAGAAGAUGAUGCUCCUUCAGGUCCUCUCCAAUCAGACCAUGAAUUUUCUCCUGAAAGUGAAGAUGAUGAUGGUGAAGAAUGGACCCCUGUAAAGAGGGCUAGAACUGCUAGAAAAGAGUCUGAUGCUGAGCCAGUAGAUGAUUUUCCUUGUCAGAAAUGCAUAAAAAGUGACCACCCGGAAUGGAUUUUGCUUUGUGAUAAAUGUGACAGCGGCUGGCAUUGUUCUUGCUUGAGACCGCCCUUGUUAGUGAUUCCAGAAGGGGAUUGGUUUUGUCCUCCGUGCCAGCACAUCAUUCUUUUGGAACGUUUACAAGCCAAAUUAGUUGAAUACGAUAAAAAGCUCAGCAAAAAGGAAAUCGAAGAUAGACGAAAAGAGCGGUUAGCUUAUGUGGGUAUUAGUUUGAAUAACGUUUUGCCCACCAAAGAACCCGCCUCUGACCACAGAAAGAAAAAGAAGAGGCGGCUUUCUUCUGACGAGGUCUCUGAAAGUUCUGACGUUUCUGAAUCUGAAAGUGAGGAUAGUGACGAGCCUAUUUAUCAAUUGAGACAAAGAAGACAAACUAAAAGCUAUAAAUUCAACGAAUAUGAUGACUUAAUUAAAGACGCCAUUGGAGAGGAUAUUACUAAAACUGAAGAUAGUGCUGGUAAUUUAGGUCGCGGCAAGGACAUACAAACCAUUGUUAAAGGUUUAGAAGAAGAAAAAGAAGAAGAGAAAAAGGCCAAAGAAGAAAACAAAAAGGUUGAAGAAAGACCUACAACAGCUAACUUGAAGAAAAUGUUGAGGAAAAAGCACAGGAAAUUAAAUUGUUUAGAUUUUGAUAGUGAAGAAGAGGACAUUUCUGAUGAAGAUUUUAAAGGCAGCAGUGAAUCGGAAGAAGAGGAAGACGAUGAUGCUUCAGUUGAUAGUGAAGACAGUGAUGAUUAUGUUGGUAAAAAACGGCGGAAACAUGCACCAGUUAGACGUUCUACAAGAGCCAGAACUAGAAAGUAUGAUGAGGAUUUCAUUAAUGACGAUACAGAUUAUGAUGCGCCAAAGAAAAAGAAGAAAACAUCAAUUUGGGAUGAAACAGAGAGCGACGAAUCGGAUGCUUCUGGUUAUGGGAAACGAAAAUUUAAAAAGAAAAAAAAUAAGAAAGUUACAAAGGAUAAUACAAAAAAAAAUCGUAGAAUUAAGUAUGGAGGAUUAACAUCGAGUGAAGAAGAAAACUUUGCUACAGGGCGGCGCACUAGAGGCAAGAAAGCAACAUAUGUAGACACUUUGGGGACGGACGAAAGCGAAGUAGAAGAAUCUGUAACAAAGAAAAAUCCUAGAAGAAUAAUAAGUGACGAUGAUCAUGAUGAAGAUUUUGUGGCUAAUGAAGAAGAUGAAGUUGAAGAUGAAAAAGAUAGCGAGGAAAAAGUGGAAGAUGAUGAAGAAGAGGCGGACGAAGAAGAAUAUGAUUCUGAAGAGGAAGAACGGCGUAAAAAAUUACCACUUAUAGUUCCAAAAAUUUAUAUCAAGAAACCUCUGGGCCCAAAAAGAGAUACCCCACCACAGGGUGGAAAGCCUCUAAUACCAGAAAUGGUAGAACCUGAAAAAAUACCUUCAGGAUUCGUCAAAUCAGAUGCCAAUGUUCAACUAAGUUCAGCAAUAGCUAAAACAAAAUCAACUGAUUCAGUAAAAGAAAUCUUGAAAUCAAACAUCGAGGCAAGACUUAGUGAAGCCGGAAUACAAUUAUCGAAAUUGAAAAACAUUGAUGAAAUGGCACCCAGACAGCAAAAGUGCGAGCUUUUAGCUGCAGCCCUAAAAAAGCCAACAGCAAUGCACGAGCCUAUUGUAAGCAAUGUGUCAGCUUUGAUCAAAAACGACAGUGAAAAUGAGGAUCUUUCUGAGCCGCCCGGUAUUGCAUUGCCGACAUUUGACGAAAUCAGAUCCGAUUUUGGAAAUUGCGGCGAAUCGCCCAAAAAACGCAAAGGACGACCUCCCAAAAAGAAACCUGAGGAUGUUAUGAAUCUUUCUGGCAAAAAUCCAGAGCCUGCUAUUGAAAUCGCGGCACCUCCUCAACCAUUUUCUCAGGCUCAACCUACACCUUCAGUGAUAACAAGAAUGUUACAGUCAAAACCAGGUAUAUCACUGUACCCAGUGGGCAGAAUACGUCCUAAACAGUUUGCAACUAUGCGCGAUGACGAUUCUGACGAGUCCAGUCCGAAAAAUUCACCAUCUCCCACAGCUCCUCACGUGGGUCAGUAUCCUGGUGCACCGCCACGAGGCAAUAGUCCAAUGCCUUAUCGUCAUCCUCCUCCGCCCGCAGGAAUGUAUCCGAGAGGACCACCGCCUGGUAUACGUGGACCGCCACCCCAUGCGUUCAGUCAUCACAGGCCUCCGUUGGGACCGAGUCCUUCUGGGGGCGGGCCCAUUAAUUUGUCAGAACAAGGACAACCGAGAGGUGGACCACCAAUCAAUAGAUAUCCUGCUCCUGUUAGUCAACCACCUCCAGGCCCCCGACCGCCAUUACAUCUGUACAGACCGCCCCCUACCAACAACGGUCCUCCAUACGUUCCACCACCUCCAGUGUCCACCAACGGACCACCACCUCCUCCGCACCAACCAUAUCCACCUCCAGUGCUGAGUAAUAAUGGGCAACCCGCUCCGUUACAACCGUAUCCACCUGGACCCAAUUCACAACCUCAGCCAUAUCCUGCAACAGUGGAAACUCCAGCGGGAGCACCAAGUCCGACUCCGCCAGUUCCGGAAGGUUACUACUCGACUUAUCCACAACCUCCGCCUGUGGAUGAAGAUUUACCACCACCGGCUACUUAUGAAGGAUUGCCUCCAGAACCAGGUCCUUCCUAUCAGGAACCUUACGUCAACGAUGAUCAAUCACCCUCAGCCACCCCAGCCGAUGGAAAUAAUGGUAAAAAUUACGAAGAAGAAUCUGGUGGGGAAUUUGCAGGUUUGGCUUCCUACUUUUCCAGUCAGAGGGAGGACGAUUUGGAGUCAUAGUGGAAAUGUUCCUGGUUUUUGAUCAACGUCAAAGUGAUGAUAAUAACAAUUAUUAUUUUGUGGACGAUAAAAUAACUUUUUUUUUUCUUGUUAACUGUACAAAUACAGAAAAUUAUUAUUUUUUUCUAAGGAAAUCUCUUGUGUGUAUAAAUUUUCUGUACAUAAAACUGAAUAGUAUUAGUUUAUGUGUAAUAACAAUUGACUUAACCAGAUAUAGUUAUUGUAUAUAAUUAAUUAUAUAUAGAAAAUUAUGCAUUUUCUACAAAUUAAUUUUUUUAAUGUUUAGUUAUUUAGGUUGCAAUAUUUGUGGUUCGUUCCAACAACAAAUUAAUUUCGGAUUAUUAAUAAAUUAGUGUGUUCCACUUUUUUGUUAGAAGUACUCAGAUUACUCGGAGCAGCUCACAAAGUUUCCUGUUGGAACUGAACUUAGUGUUUUUUCUAAAUGUUUAUUUUGUUUACAGUGCUAAAAUGUAUGUGAUUUAUAUUUUUAUUUUCCUAAAAUAUUACUUGUAAAUUCAAUAAUGUUUAUUUUCUAAAAGUGCUCAUUGCAUCACAGUUUAUUUUAUAAUAUAAAGUACCUAUAAUUUUUACUAGCUAAAAAAAAAUUAUAGUUUUCAAUAAUAUAUAUGUAACAAUUGUUUGUAAAAAUGUGUAUUUUAAAAGUACCUACAUACAUAUUAAUAAAACCAACACGAAUGUGUUUUUUAUAGAAAAACAAAUUGUCUUAUUUCAAAUGUCAAUUAUAUUUUUCGUUUAGUAAAUCUUGUUUUUAAAGACUAUUUAUUUUAUUGAAAAAUAAGAAGUUACAAAAAAAAAAACUAGAUUCUAAAUUGCUGAAGCGAAAGCCGAGAACAUAAAAAUCUUUGAUUCUGAUUGCUAUAGUCUAAGUACAAUACAAGAGAAUGAUGAGAGAAGGCCCUACGCGCUGUAUUUAUAAUAAAAUACUGCUGACGCUAGCAUUCAUGUUGGCAAAACUGAGGGCGAAACCUUGAUAUGACGGUACUUUUUCAGGUAGUACCGCUUACUCAGCAUCUUUAUAAUAUCGUGAGCUUUUACAGUGGAGUAUGCUUAUAUUUAACAUUGGAAAGGAAAAUUAUUAUUAUAAUAAUAAAAUAGGGUUUUAUAAUAUAUUGUAAUCAGUUUGUUUGAUAUUCAAAAAUAGAUAUAGGGAUAACUACAAUUUCCAGCAUAACUAUAGAACUAGACAGACACAGGUUGUCCAUCUUCCGAUACCCUCUUCAACAAUGAUAAAAAAAUCCUUAAUAUAUGAAAGCCGUAAAAUAUUCAAUAAUCUACCUUUACAAUUGAGAGAACUUGAUAAUUUUAAUGCCUUCCGAAAAAAUGCGAAAGACUAUCUUUUGGAGAAUUGUUUCUACACUUUAGAAUAGUUUUACGCAGCUAGUUGAAUGUCGAUUGUUAGUUUAUAUGUAAUGAUGUUGAUGUUUUAUUUUAUUUUAUUUUAUUUUAUUUUAUUUUAUUUUAUCUUAUUUUGUUUAUAGUUGUAUUUUUGUGUAUUUAUAUUUAAUUUUUAAUUUUACAUACCUUAUGAAUGCGACUCACAUAUUUAGUGUAAAUUAGUAAUACUUUACUUUUAAUUUUAUUUUAUUUGAUUAUGUAGAUAUAAGACUGCUUUGUCAAUAAGAUUUCUAUCUUUGAUAAUAAAGCUUUUUCUGAUUCUG